AUGAAGACCUACUUCUGCAGCGACGCUUCACUGCCAGCCAACAAUCGCCUGAACGAGCGACGAUUCGCAGGCCGAGUUGUCUCGCUGGUCGAGUCCUCUCACAGGUCGACAAAAGGCGGGAAGUUAAAGACAGUCCAGCGCUGUGCGGCCAGUUCGGAUGCACUUGGCAGCCGGGAGGCAUCGGUUUUCGUCACAAUGAAGAGUGAGUUCACCUACGAAAAUGUUUGCGAGCCUACAUCUAGUCCGAAAUACCUGGCUGUGAUUUCGAAGUUUGCCUCUGUUAGUAGCUCGAGAGAGGAUAUAUACAAGAGUCUGAUCAAGAGCUAUAUGCUUUGGAGGGACAAAUUAGAACCUAAAGUAAGAGAGAGUACGAAGAAACAUACAUAUGCAGAGCUACCACUCAGACUGGCUGCGUGCUUUUUUCUGAACGGCGACUACUACAAAGCAUUACUGUGCUUACGGCAUUCUAUAAUUCUCGAACCGAGGAGUCUACUCCCACGAAUACUUGCGUUACGGUGGUCUGUUUUUCUCGGCGAGUGGGAGAUGGCAGAAAUGGCGCUGGCGUUCGAGAAAACAAAGGAAGGAAAAGCACCACAGAAGGAGGCAACCGACGAUUAUGUUGCGAGCCACCUCAUCCUUGUAAAGGGUCUUGUGAAAUGUUACGUAGAAUUCAACAGGGAUCACAAGUCUAGAUCAAUAUCUGGCUCUACUCUUCUAAAGACGGCUCAUAGUGUGAAUGCGGACUCGCGAACAACGUUUCUAACUUUUGAAGCACAAUCUUUAGCAAAUUGGAUGUGUUCACAUAUCCCAAAAGUUCCGGCAAACUUUUCAUUGGAUAAUGUUGAGCCUCUAGACACCUUUAACUGCCUUCAUCGUGCCGUUGCGAAGUCGGAGAGUGUGGUGAAGAACAGAAUUCCGGGAAUUCACAAAGAAUCCGAACCUUUGGAUUUCAUGAAGCGUCCUCCUUCGUCGAUGUGCGAGACGUUUGCUAUGUGUGUAGUGCGAUGGUUGCGUAAACUAGAGGACGUUUCUUGGAAUCGAGAAAACAGAGCUUUGAAAUCACUCAGGGAAAGGAUUAUUGCAGAUGCCCUGAAGAUAUGUUCCUAUUCGUCGAUUCGCACGAUUUCGUAUCGACUGGCAAUUUCACACUUGGAACGCCUUCAAAGCCUUCGUCGAUAUCCUCGUUAUCAAUGGAUGGCUGAUGAUUCUCGCACAACCAAAAUUGUGGUUCAACAAAAUGCUGUCGAGAAGGCGGUAGUGGAUGAGGCUUUGUCUGAAUAUUCCCUUUAUUGUGAUCUGCUCUACAGAGACUGGCGAUUUCCACUGUGCAGCUUUUUGGGUGAAUAUGCUUCGUAUUUUACUUUAAUCCACUUAGCUUUGUCUCAUGAUGGUUCUUUGUAUCUCGUCAAAAUGCAUAAAGAUCGAGAACCAUUAGUUAUGCCUCUAGCGCCGAAGUCUAAGGUAGAAAGUGUUAAAGCCAUGAUGGACAAAAUCAUCGAGGAAAAUACGAGAACUUGCAAUUUGGGCAAAACUACAAAAGAUGCCAAAGCGUUUUGGGCGGCAAGACGCGCAGUGGAUACGGAUUUGAAGAAUAUAAUUCCUCGUGUGCAAGAUAUGCUACUAGGUGCUGCAGCACCGCUUUUACUUCCGUCAAUUACCAUCAUUCGGAAAGGUAUCGCGUUAGCUAAAGGUCUCGUUGCGGCGUCUCAAUCUUCUAAUGGUGCACAACUUCCUUUAUCCUUUGCUAAAGAACUAGUAUCCUUGGCAACCAAAAUAGAAAGGACGGAAUGGGUAGCCGUUGUUGAGAGAAUGUGUGAUAUUCUUGGAAUAUCUUCACGGAAACAAUUUAUUCAAGACCUGUAUUCAAAAACUAAAACCUCGGCAUUGAAUAUUGGACUUGGUAAUAAUAUCCCGUCGUAUACUUUCUUAAUAGUUUGUCCGGACUUAACGACCUUUCCAUGGGAAGUUGUUCCAAUAUUUGAUGGGGCAACACAUGUAGCUCGUGUUCCUUCGGUGCAUACCUUCUUCCAAGCUCUAAGUAGUAAUAAACGGGUGCCAAUGGCAGUCAAUAUCCAGAAAGCAUUUUAUGUGCUUGAUCCUGAUAAUAAUCUGGGCGAAACACAAAAACGGAUAACGAACUAUGUGUCGAAAUUCGGCUGGCAGGGAAUCGUUGGCAAAAUUCCGUCACCUGCUGAGGUAACUAUGUACGUGCUCGUCUUCAUAGCUUUGUGUUCAGCUACAUGGGUCAUGGCAGUGGUUCACGAUAUUUUGGCCGACGGGCUAUUAGUGAGAGCACAAUUAAUGCACGUUCGCCUCACUACCCUUGGUUGGGGAAUGGAUGGAAAAAGUUCCGUAUAUGACUAUACCGUAGCGCAGUGCCCUUCAGUGGUUGGAUGUUUGUGGACUGUAACGGACGGUGAAAUUGAUCGUUAUUUUAUGGCACUUGUCGACCUGUGUUUCUCAUCAGAUGCAAAUCGUACACUGACCGGCACCGAAGAUGGUGAUAGCCGUCUGCGAUUGCUUGUUGAAGCUAUGAAAAAGGCGAAAAGCAGAUGCAAAUUGCCAUACCUGACAGGAGCUGCGAAAUCGUGGAAGUCUGUUUGCACGCACAACACGCAACAUUCUACUCUCGAAACGACCGUCGUCCUCAAUGAAGACACGACGCAACUAGAUGAGAGCCUAUGCGAAUCCACGAUCACUGCAAUCCUGAUCGACGAGAGGUACCAUGUUUGUAGAGAAAUGUAUACAACCCAAAGGAAUUUCAUUGAAAAGCUUAAGCUUUUGAUUAUGGUGAAAGAUGAACUCAUGGACCGCGUCGCUAAGGAACGUCCACUUUUGAAACAGGAAGAAAUAGCCCAAGUUUUUGGGAAAGUAGAGCCAGUUAUGAAUCUGCACGAAAGAAUUUGUGACAAGCUUGGAAAGUUAACUGAGACAUGGGACGAGAAUAUGUGCGAUAUGGUAACGAAGAUCUGGACCGAAGUAUUCGACGAUCUCCGACGGAUUUAUUCGUCGUACUCCAACUACUUCGAUAUUGCAGCAGACAAGCUGCGAAACGCCUGUGAGCAAGACCCGAAACUAAAGGAAUUUAUCGAGCAUGAAAUGGGUGUUGGGCCAAUUGGGAUUGGUGAGCCGAUGCUACGAAACGACCUACUGAAUGGUCACGUAAAACAGAAGUCCUUGAAACUACUAUAG